UGUAGCGGCAGCAUUCCUGUCGGUGGAGCGCGGGAGGGGAGUGACCACACACUGCUUCCAGAGAAGCCCACUAAAGAGUCCAAGGCAAGCCAGCAAGAGAUAAAUGAGAGUAAUCUCCAGUCACAUCCUCUCCAUACGAUGAGCAUUUUCAGCGGUAUCUUUGUUUUGCUUUUGAAAUUGCUUUGGAUUUUGAACCGUCACAUUUUAUGAUCCAGAGUUUGGAAAAAAUCAUGGAAAAAACAUUGAACGUGUCGCAUUCAGGAAGCAGUAAAGGAAAGUGGUCCGCGGAUCUGGGGAAUCCCGCACACAGGCAGGCAAGAAGCGGCUCGUAUAGUCCCGGAACAGGGGCUGUCUCGGAAACUCACCCGUCUCAGACCCAAAAGAGACACUUGGAGGGGGUUUUGAACAAAUACACCAAUUUAUUACAAGGCUGGCAGAACAGGUAUUUCGUGUUGGACCCUGAACUCGGCCAGCUUCAGUAUUUCAUCAACGAGCACAGUAAGAACCAAAAGCCACGAGGGUCCCUGCCCCUCAUUGGCUCCUCAGUGGCCCCAAGCGAUGAGUUUCCUUAUAUGUUCACAGUCUCUGCUGCAAAUGGAGAUUUCUUCAAACUGCGGGCUUGUGAUGCUCGUGAGCAGCAGAUGUGGAUGACCCAGCUUCAGCUGUGCACCCGUCGCCACUCAGACGGCAGUGCCAAGGGCUGCACCUCCUCCUCCUCCUGCAACACCUCCUCCUCUUCCUCCUCCGCCGGCCGGACCCGCAGCUUCUCCCUGCAUCCGCACCCCAUCCCACAGUGCUCCUCCAUCUCCGCCCAAAGACAGACCCCCCAGCACGGGACGCCUGCCUCUGUCAUCACCAUCACCCACCACAAGUCUCCCCCUGCCAGCCAACGGGCCUGCAGUCAGCAUCCUGCAGGACUGCACCAGGUCAAAGAGGUCAUGUCCCAGGCAGAAGGCCAACAAAAGAACCUGGUGAAUUCCAUUGAGUCGCUGCCGAGCCGAGGGCCACUGUCCUCCUUGGACCAGGACCUGCUCCUGCUCAAAGCCACGUCUGCAGCCACACUCAGCUGUCUGGGAGAAUGCCUGAGUAUCCUUCAGCACAAUGUGUGCCAGGCGGCCCAACAAAUCACCCACAGUCACAUCCAAGGAUCAAAUACAGAUAAUGUCUCUAAUUGGUCAAGGCCCAAGACCGCCUCAGAAGGCCAUGUGAAGAUUGGAGAAUUGACUCGUAACAAUACCGCAACUAUACAUCAGCCCCACUCUCCACUUCACAGGAACAAAGAACGGCUCAAAGACAUGGAGAACUCCAGCUCAGAAUCGGUGGACUCCAGCGAGGAGAUCACAGACACUGAAGAUAAUGAGGAGGAAGACCUCGGAGUCUUGGAUGACCAGAGGAGCAUCAUCCUGCAUCUGCUGUCUCAACUCAAACUGGGCAUGGACCUCACACGGGUGGUGUUGCCCACGUUCAUCCUGGAGAAGCGCUCUCUUUUGGAGAUGUAUGCCAACUUCAUGGCCCAUCCGGAUGUGUUUUUGGCCAUCACAUCUGGAGGUACAGCAGAGGAACGUAUGAUCCGGUUUGUGGAAUACUAUUUGACUGCUUUCCACGAGGGUCGUAAAGGUGCUGUGGCCAAGAAGCCUUACAACCCCAUUCUGGGGGAGAGCUUCCAAUGCACAUGGGACGUACCCCAAGAUAAGGUGCGUCCCCUCAGGACUACCAGCUCAAGUCCAGCCCCUGCAGCUGCUCAUUCCACCCAGACCGCCUCCAAUGAAGGGUUAGGAUCUUACCGGCUACGUUUUGUGGCUGAGCAGGUGUCCCACCACCCCCCAGUCUCUGGAUUCUACUGCGAAUGCAAAGAGCGGCAGAUAUGCGUCAACACCCAUGUUUGGACUAAAAGCAAAUUCAUGGGCAUGUCCAUAGGUGUGUCAAUGGUUGGAGAAGGAGUGUUACAUCUCUUGGAGCAUGAUGAGGAGUAUGUGUUCACGCUGCCGUCUGCUUACGCCCGCUCCAUCCUCACAGUGCCCUGGGUGGAGCUGGGCGGGAAAGUUUCCAUCUGCUGCGCCAAAAGCGGAUACUCUUCCGCCGUCACAUUCCACACCAAACCCUUCUACGGAGGGAAGGUCCACAGAGUCACAGCUGAGGUGAAGCACAACCCCACCGGCACCAUCGUCUGCAAGGCUCAGGGGGAGUGGAACGGGACUCUGGAGUUCACCUACAGCAGCGGAGAGACCAAAGUGAUUGACACCUCCAAACUGCCAGUCAUUAAGAAGAAGAUCCGGCCACUGGAGAAACAGGGCCAGUACGAAUCCAGGAGGCUAUGGCAGCGCGUGACAGCGGCACUGAAGGCCGGCGACAUCGAUGCGGCCUCUGAACACAAACACCAGUUAGAAGAGAAGCAGAGAAGAGAAGGGAAGCAGAGAACAGCCAGCAGCACCACCUGGAAACCCAAGUACUUCAUUAAAGAGGGGGACGAAUGGGUGUACCACAGUCCUCUGUGGAAGACGAAGUGAAGUCAAGCUGGAGCCACAUGAUCUGGGUCCGUCACAGACCUCCAGCCCUGCAGAUGGGAGCGUCCAUGUGAGCGAGGGGCUGGCCGACCAAUGGGACUCGAGCAACAGGAAAAGAGAUUGAUCCAUUUCUCCAACUCAACUCAUGGAGAAUGCAAGGUGCCAAAAACUAAAAAUGAGCUCGAGGGUGGUUUAAAGAAAAAAAGAAAGAAAAAAAACUCGAAAGCCCCUUUGGAUAAUGAAGAUUUGAAUGUGGAGGCCUGAACUGUGUGACCCGGUGCAAUAUCUUUAUAUUUGUAUAUUCAUUCUGGUAAUCAAUACUGAGUAAAGUGAUUUUCCACACAGGAGAUGUAGCAUCUGUAUCAGAGUAUAAAUGUUAUAUAACUAUUUUAGAACACCAUAAAGGCAGAUAUUGAUGCAAGCAGCAUUCUGGGUAUUCGAGAGCAGUGAUGUAUUCAUGUUCAAUAGAGCUCACCUCUCAUGAUCUUACCAUUUUAUUUGAAUGACUGAAUCAAUCUUUCAAUACGAGGACAGUACUGUGCUUGAACUUCCUGAAGAAAUAAUAAAAUGGAUAUUUAAAGGAAUAGCUUUUAAAAUCAUGUGCAAAUGUAUGUUCCCCUCAUGAGGAUUUCGUAAGGUCAGUGAUAUGCAUGCAUUAAAGUCACUUCACUUUAAA